AUGGCGCUGUCGAAUUUGCUCUCGCCUCAGGACCUGGAGAGGUUGGAUGCGCUGUUCAAAUGGAAAGUCCUCGUACUCGCAGCGAUUCCGCUUGCCAUAGCCUACUACCUGCGAAAGACAAAGGUUAAGACUUCCGAUCUCGCGCAGUAUGCUCACUUCCCACAGCCUGGACCAGCAGAUCCUGUUCGAGGUCACUGGGCAUGGGUCGAGAAAAUCGCAGCUGAGGGUGAUCCUCGACGCCAGUUUGAUGAGAUGCUGUACGAACAGGCUGAAAAGCUCGAGUUUCCUCCAGUCCUUUUUGUCGACUUUCGCCCGAUCGAGAAGUUUCCAGUGCUAUUUAUUCUAGACAACGAUGUCGCUGAACAGGUCACCAAGCCGAACAAAGCCUUCCGGACUAGUAUGCCCAAACACUCUUCUAUCCAGCAGUUAGCUCCUCUCGUCGGUGCACGGUCUCUGGUCACCACUGAUGGAGAUGAAUGGACUGCUCUAUAUAAGCGCAUACGGCCUGGCUUCCAACCUAGCCAUCUUCUUGGUUUGGUCGACGUCAUCCUAGACAAAUCCGAGACUUUCAUCGAGCUCAUGGAACAAAAGGCCGCCUCCGGCGAGACAUUCACUCUCGGCCCGUAUACGACGAAUCUAGUCUUUGAUAUCAUUGGUAUCGUGACCUUUGACAUGGACCUCAACGCGCAGAUCGACGGGCAGCAGUCCGAGGUCCUCCUAACCUACCGCGCCCUUUCGCAAGCGUUCAACAAACGCCCCUUCGGAGGGGUAGGUUGGCGCGAUUACUUCUCUGCCAACGAACGUGAGAUUCGGUCAAUGGACAAGAAGCUUGACAGCAUUCUCAAAGCCGAGAUCAAGAAGCAGCACAAGGCUUUAAUGUCCGGCCCCACCGAUACAAAGACCAAGAAUAAGAGUGUAGCAACCCUCAGCCUUCAUGGUGUGGAUAAGUUGACUUCCCAAAUCCUCCAGCAAACUAGCGAUACACUACGCGGCUUCCUCUUUGCUGGUCACGACACUACAUCUAUCCUUCUUCAAUGGGCGUUCUACGAGCUACAUAUACAUCCCUCCGCCGCAAAGACCCUCAAGGAAGAGCUUGACUCUGUCUUCGGUCCGAACACCCACCCUUCCGCUGUCGUUAAGGCUUUGCGGAGUUCAGAAGCCGGAGCUCUGCUACACAAGUUACCCUACACAGACGCCCUGAUCAAGGAGACCCUACGCCUGCAUCCACCCGGCACAACUGCGCGCAUCGCUCCAUCCUCAUCGAACACCAUGCUCACUCUUCCCAAUGGCGACACACUCUGCGUCGACGGUCUGUGCGUGACACCGCGCGCGUACAUCAUCCAGCGUCACCCCAAGACCUUCGGAGACACCCGAAACGACUUCAAACCCGAGCGAUGGCUCGGUGAGGAGGGCAAGAAGAUUCCCGAAAGCAGUUUCAGGCCGUAUGAACGCGGGCCCCGGCGAUGCACCGGGUCUGAACUGGCCAACCUAGAGACGAAGAUCAUCAUUGUAUGUGUAGCAAGGCACUUCGAGUUUGUCAAGCAAGGGCUUGGUGAGCUGGAUUUGGACGAAAAGGGUGAGGUGCAGGUUGAUGAGAAGGGUAAGGCGAAGACAAAGGGAACCAUGUUCUCGACACAUCAGGUUACUGCAAAGCCAGUUGAUGGUAUGGAGGUCAAGGUGAGAAUCAAGAGAUCGGAUGAGGUGAUGGAUUAG